AUGUCCACAACCCCCACCCAGGGCGUCCAACGCACAAACACCGAUCCCAAAGCCAUCGACCCCUCCCUCUCCGUCCUCUACUCCACCGAAGUCCACUGCAUUGUCUUCGUCACCGCCGCAAGCAAUAGCAAGCGGGACGGCAAGCCCAUUACAGUCCGCAUGAUCCAGCACGGCAGUACCCCGACGACGGUCCUCGAGUCGUCUCUGCCGAUAUUCCCUAGUAUCAUCGCUUCGAUGACGCUGUUGGAGACGGUGGCGGAUGACAAGGUUGUUGAUCGGAUGGUGGAGGUGCUGCCGGGGGUGCUGGAGACGAUGCAUAAGGAGUGGAUGAAGAAGAAUAAGAAGAAGGAGGGGGAUGAGAUUCCGGAGGGGUUGGAGCAUGAUUUGAAGGAGGCGUGGGAGAGGGGGAAGAAGUUGAGGUAG